AUGUCAGAGUACCUUUGGUUUGAAGGGAUACCUUUCCCUACUGAAGAGUAUGAAAAAGAAACAAUUGAAGAAUCUCGUGAUAAGUUUGUGAUCAGAGAUGAAGACACAGUCUUAGUGACUUACCCUAAAUCAGGAAGUAACUGGCUAAUUGAGAUUGUCUGCCUGAUUCAGACCAAGGGGGAUCCCACUUGGAUCCAGUCUGUGCCUAUCUGGGACCGCUCACCCUGGGUAGAGUCACAAUAUGGAUAUCCACUAUUAAUAAAUAACAAAGGACCACGCCUCAUCAGCUCCCACCUUCCCUUCCAUCUUUUCCCCAAGUCAUUCUUCAGUUCCAAGGCCAAGGUGAUCUAUUUAAUCAGAAAUCCCAGAGAUGUUCUUGUGUCUGGUUAUUUUUUCUGGAGUAAGAUGAAAUUUGUUAAGACUCCAGAGUCACUGAGAACUUAUUUUGAAUGGUUCCUCAAAGGAAAUGUGAUAUUUGGAUCAUGGUUUGAGCACACCCGUGGCUGGCUAUCCAUGAGAGAAAAGGACAACUUCCUGCUACUGAGCUAUGAAGACAUGAAAAAGGACACAAAGAGCUCCAUAAAGAAGAUCUGUGACUUCCUAGGGAAGAAAUUAGAGCCAGAUGAGCUGGAUAUGGUCCUCAAGUACAGCUCCUUCCAAACCAUGAAAGAAAAUAUCAUGUCCAAUUAUAGUCUGGUCCCUGAAGAUAAGGCUUCUAGUGAUUUGGUUCUCUUGAGAAAAGGCAUGACUGGUGACUGGAAGAAUCACUUUACAGUAGCCCAAGCUGAAGCCUUUGAUAAAGUAUUCCAGGAGAAAAUGGCUGGUUUCCCUCCAGGGUUGUUUCCAUGGGAAUAA